CGCACAAAUCUGAUUGCUCACGGUCCUCGUAUCCAUACAGUGCUACCAUGUCAUCGUUCAUCAUUGAGAGCGGCGGACCGUGGCUGGUGCCGCGGGCGAUGGCGACCGGCGUCCGGCAGCAGAUGGCCGACUACUGGUCCCAGUUCUCCGAGCCCACCAUCGAGAACAUGAUGCUCAACGAGGACGCCCGCCAGCUGGCCGAGCAGGAGGAGGUGGAGAUCCUCGACUCGGUGCCACAGGUGGGCGGGAUGCGCGUGCUGGAGCUGGGCGCCGGGAUCGGCCGCUUCACGCGUAAGCUGGCCGAGCGCGCCAGACACGUGACCGCCGUCGACUUCCUCGAGACGUACAUCGAGAAGAACCGCGAGAGCAACCAGCAUCUGGGCAACGUCGAGUUCCUCUGCAUGGACGUGACCCAGCUGAAGCUGGAGAGCUGCCAGUACGACAUGAUCUUCAGCAACUGGCUGCUCAUGUACCUUUCGGACGAGGAGAUUGACAAGCUGGUCAGCGGCAUGCUCAAGUGGCUUAAGCCCGAUGGUUACCUCUUCAUUCGGGAGUCGUGCAUUAAACAAUCAGGUAACAAACAGCGUCAAACAAAUCCUACUUUCUACCGGAGUCCCCCGUUGUAUUGCAGUCUACUGCAAGGGCCCAGUUUGAAGACGGAAACUACAGAGUACCGGUUUACACUGCGAUACGCAGCCUCCGUGGACGUUUUUGUAAAGUACUACGGCAACCCGUACCAGCUGCUGUACCUGCUGCGGAAAACACCGACCAGCGACUACUUCAGCAGCUUCCAGAACUUCCUGGACGAGCACCAGUACUCUCCGGUCGGCAUCAAGCGCUACGAGAGGAUGUACGGCGAAUCGUUCGUCAGCAGCGGCGGCCUGCAGACGACAGAGCCCGACCACGUGUUCUGCAUGACCGAGAUGCGCUGCAAGCGGUCCGGCAGCUGCGGCAGCGGAGAGCUGCUGCCGCCCGCGGGCAGCUGGUGA